GCACGCUGCGGGGACUUCUGUGCUCGAGCCGUCGGGGCUGCGGCUGGACGCGCUCCGUGAUUGGCUGGCGCGGGAGCGCCGGCAGCGCCGGCCGGAAGUGGCGCGGCGGGGCGGGGGCAGCGGAGCCGCCGAGGCGCGGCGGCAGAAUGCCACGAUGGCCGCGGGCUGCCCCCGGCUCCCGGACACCGUCCUGUUCGAGAUCUUCCUGUACCUGGACCACGCCGACGUGCUCUCGGUGGCGCUUGUCUGCCAGCAGUGGCGCGCCGUGGCCCGCGACGAGUUCCUGUGGAAGGAGCUGUUCUACCGCUACUACCGCGUGUCCCGGGAUGUGCCGCGGCACCCAGGUGCUGUCUCGUGGUACGAUGAGUUCCAGAGGCUCUACGACACCAUCCCUUGUGUGGAGGUGCAGGCCCUGAAGGAGCACAAUGACCAGGUUUUGCACCUGAGCUUCUCCCACUCUGGCUGCCUGUUUGCAUCGUGCUCCAAAGACUGCACGGUCAAGAUCUGGAGCAAUGAGCUGGACAUCUCCCUGCAGCACAGCUCCAACAUGAGGCCAUACAACUGGAGCUACACCCAGUUCUCCCAGUUCAACUCGGAUGACUCCCUCCUGCUGGUAUCCGGUGUCUUUGUGGGGCCUCACAACUCCUCCUCGGGGGAGAUUGCUGUGAUCAGCAUGGAGAACUUCACUCUGCUUUCCAGGGUGAGGAAUAAGCCCUAUGAUGUGUUUGGCUGCUGGCUGAAUGAAACCAACUUGAUAUCAGGCAAUCUGCAUCGGAUUGGGCGCAUCACCUCCUGCUCGGUGCUGUGGCUGAACAAUGCUUUCCAGGGCAUUGAGUCUGAGAAUGUGAAUGUAGUGAAGAGACUGUUCAAAAUCCAGAACCUGAAUGCCAGCACCAUCCGGACUGUGAUGGUGGCUGACUGCAGCCGGUACGAUUCCCCGGAUCUGCUCCUGGACUACGAGGAGCAGCUGGCUGCUUCCUCCACCUGCCCGCUCUUUGAUCUCGGCAGUGACAGUGAGGAGGAAGGGGCCAAGCCCAAGCCGCCUCCAGAGCCAGCCGUACAGGAAUUGCCGGAUGCUGGGGCUGUGCCAGCAGAGCAUGGGCUGCAGCAGCUCUUUGAUGGUAUCAUGGAGGGCCACGUGAGGCCUGCCCUGACCGAGACAGAGCUGGAGACAAAGGUGGCCGAGCUGUUUGUGCGAAACAGAACUAAACCGCCCGAGCCAAACCUGCUCCCCACAGACAGCAACAGCAAGACAAAGUACUUGAUCUUCACCACAGGAUGCCUCACCUACUCCCCGCACCAGAUAGGGAUUAAAAGGAUCCUGCCCCAUCAGAUGACGACGGCAGGGCCAGUGCUGGGGGAGGAGCGGCGCUCGGAUGAGUUCUUUGACUCCCUGGAUCACGUCAUCGACAUCCACGGGCACAUCAUUGGCAUGGGCCUCUCCCCUGACCACCGGUACCUGUAUGUGAACAGCCGGGCCUGGCCGCGGGACUGCGUCAUCUCGGACCCGAUGCAGCCGCCUCCCAUCGCCGAGGAGAUCGACCUGCACGUGUUUGACCUGAAGACCAUGAAGGAGGUGAAGCGAGCGCUGCGCGCGCACCGGGCCUACACACCCAACGAGGAGUGCUUCUUCAUCUUCCUGGACGUCAGCAGGGACUUUGUAGCGAGUGGGGCAGAGGAUCGACACGGCUACAUCUGGGACCGGCACUACAACAUCUGCCUGGCCAAGCUGCAGCAUGACAACGUGGUGAACUCGGUGGCAUUCAGCCCGGUGGAGCAGGAGCUGCUGCUAACAGCCAGUGAUGACACCACCAUCAAGGUGUGGCGGUCCCCGCGGGCCGUGCGCAUCCGCCAGGCCAGGAGGCCUCGGCCCAGGAAACUGCUCUUCUCCUGGCUCUUGAACCAGAAAAGCUGAACCCAGGUACAUCUGCUCCUGCAGCUUCCUCACUGCAGCACCUCCUUCUGAUCUCACAGAGCCCUGAGCCCUGCACAGGGAUGAGCUCUAGGCACACAAAUCCUAUGGCUGAGCCAGGAGGGGCCCUGGCAGCAGGAGU